GAAGAGGCCGUAGCCGCGCGGAGAGUAUGAGUGGCGCAGGGGCUCAGCCGCCCCCGGCCCCUGGGGCCAGCCCGGGAGGGUCCGGGGGCGAUUCGGAGCUGCCUCCGUCUCCACCGUCGAUGCUCAGCGUCGAUUUGCCGGGGCUGUUGUCGCAAUUCGCGCGGAGUUUCGCGCUGGUCUUUCCCAUCUACCUGCUGGGCUAUCUGGGGUUGAGCUUCAGCUGGGUUCUGGCCGCCUUGUUAUGCUUCUUCUGGGUGCAGCGGCACCGGGGCGGAAAGAACUCCCGCCUGGGCCGGGCUCUCGCCUUCCUGCAAGACGAGGAGCGGGCGGUGCGACUCACCGUCUCCACGGGAGACCUUCCCGCCUGGGUCCACUUUCCAGAUACUGAAGAGCAGAUGGGUAAAUAA